AUGUUCAUCACCCUCUACUACAUAGUCACCCGGCUCCCUGACUCCCUUCGCUUAGUCAGGGACCACUUCCUCUCAGUUUGCCCCACCACACUCACCGUUGACCUCCUCGAGGAGUGCCUCCUAGCAGCAGAGAAGAGCUUAGUCGCUGUAGGAGCCUCUCGUGGUGACCCUCGCACCCCCGUCUUUGAGGGGUGUUCUCCCUCCCCCCUCUUGCCCUCUGUUGUUUCUACUGCUGCGGCCGCCCUCGUUGGCUUCGAGUCGGUCGGCGCUGCGUCUGUCCCUAGCGGGAGACGCCGCACUGGCAAGGGCAAGGGGGGCAAGGGCGUUGGAGGGGCUGGCGGGGGCGGUGGAGGUGGUGGUGGAGGCAGUGGAGGGGGUGGGGGUGGUGGUGGGAAUGGUGGCGGGGGUGGAGGUGGCGGUGGCAGCAAUGGAGGCGGAGGAGGCGGCGGCGGUGGCGGAGGGAGCGGAGGCGGCGGAGGUGGCGGAGGCGGCGGAGGUGGCGGAGGCGGCGGAGGUGGCGGAGGCGGCGGAGGCAGCGUUGGAGCUGGUCGCAACUCUGCGCAGAGGAGUGGCUCCGGUCGUGUUACGCGCCAGCAGCAGCAGCGAAGUCGUGAGACCCUGACCCCUCAGCAGCUUCGUGAGUUGUACGCUGGGUGUCAGCGGGGUGGGGGUACUGGUCCCUGCACCAACGUCCUCCGUACCGGCAACCGCGCUGGUGAGCAGUGCGGGGGCACGCACUCCACCCAGCGCUGCUUCGGCCGCCUGAAGGACGCGGGGCGUCACCAGUUCCCUGAUGCCACUGAGAUCCAUCGCUGGGGAGAUCUGUCUAGGGCGGGGGUUGCUAUAUUUGAUCUUGAUUAUGAUGCUAUUCUUGCUGCCAUGUAUGUUGUGUCUGAUAGUGUUGAGGGUGUUUGUUACCGGUGUGUUCCGCCUGACCCUGGCAUUGAGGCUGCUGCUCUAGGUGCUAGUGCGUCUACUUCCCCAGGUGCUAGUGAGUCUGCUCUCUCAGCCCCCUCUGGCACCGUGUUAGGUCUCUACCUCCCCUCGUUCUCUACGAAAUUGGUGAGUGGAGCUGAUCUACAGGAUCGGGGGGUUCACCAGUUCAUGCCAGCGAGUCAGCGGGUGACCCGCUAUACGUGUGCUCAGACGGGCCGACACUUGGCCAGGUUUGCCUGUCGGCCGGGGGCGAGCCUGUACACACUGACUACUGAGUCUCCUCCGGUUGCUGAGUCUGGUCAGGUAGCUGCGUCGAGUCAGGUGUUUGCUGCAGCGUCCAGGUCUGGUCCUGAGUCUGCGACCUGCUUGUGUCGUCUCCUGUCCCACCAGACUCUCCUUUGGCACCAUCGCCUUGGUCACCCCUCCCUGCCUCGUCUCCGAGGCAUGGCCUCCCGUGUCCUUGUCUCUGGUCUCCCCCGGUCCCUCCCUCCCCUACCUCCGGGGCCUGCCCCUACCUGCGUCCCCUGCGUCGAGGGGCGGCAGCGCGCCGCCCCUCACACCUCCGAGUUUCCCCCGACAGAGGCUUCCCUGCAGACUCUUCACAUGGACGUAUGGGGCCCCGCCCGCGUCCGUGGCCAGGGUCACGAGCAUUACUUCCUGUUGGUGGUUGACGACUACUCGCGUUACACGACGGUGUUCCCCUUGCGCAGCAAGGGUGACGUCACUGAGGUGUUGAUCAACUGGAUCCGCACAGCUCGUCUCCAGCUCAGAGAGAGUUUCGGCUCGGACUUUCCUGUUCUGCGUCUGCACUCUGACAGAGGCGGGGAGUUUUCCUCUGCCCAUCUGGGAGCCUUCUGUCGUGCACAAGGCAUCCGCCAGACCUUCACGCUUCCGGCCUCUCCACAGCAAAAUGGGAUUGCUGAGCGCCGCAUUGGCAUGGUCAUCGACGUCGCUCGUACGUCCAUGAUCCAUGCGGCUGCUCCCCAUUUUCUGUGGCCGUUUGCGGUUCAGUACGCAGCGCAUCUGCUGAACCUUCAGCCCCGGGUCUCCUUGCCAGAGACCUCCCCCACCUUGCGGUGGACGGGGAAGGUUGGCGAUGCGUCUGCGUUUUGGGUCUGGGGAUCUCGGGCGUUUGUCCGUGACUUGUCUGCAGACAAGCUGUCUCCCCGUGCUGUUCCCUACGUCUUCCUUGGCUUCCCCCCUGACGCGCCUGGCUGGCAGUUUUACCACCCCACCUCGCGCCGUGUUCUGUCCUCCCAUGAUGUCACCUUUGAUGAGUCGGUGCCUUACUACCGUCUCUUCCCCUACCGCACUGCGCCCUUCCCCCUACCGCCACUCUUCCUUACGCCAGGUCCUCCCCUGGUAGACCCCCUCCCCCCUAAGGGUCCUGCCCCGUCAGGUGUGUCCCAGGUAGACGCAAUCAAGCCUGUCAAGGUAGCUGUUGACUCAGGUGCUGCUGGAGGUGCUGAGCCUGGGGGUGCGGAGCCUGGGGGUGUUGAGUCUAGGGGUGCUGAGCCUGGGGGUGCUGAGUUUGGGGGUGCUGAGUCUGGGGGUGCUGAGCCUGGGGGUGCUGAGCCUGGGUGUGCGGAGCUAGGGGGUGUUGGCCGUGCUGCUAGAGCCGGAGGUGCUUCUGUUGCUGCUGGUCCCGGAGGUGAUCGUGUUGGCGGUACUGGAGCUACUGGGACUGAGGGUGCUGCUCAGGCUGCUGGAGUUCGUCGUGCUGGAGGUACUGCUGGAGCUGCUGGCAGUACUAGAGCUGUUGGUCCUCUUGGAGUUCGUGCUGCUGGAUCUGCUAGAGCUGAGCUGCUGGGGGUGUUGGCUCUGGUGUCAAAGUUACAGCCCGCUUCCCCCCUACCUGCUCCUUCUCCCUACACUGGUCCUACUGGAGGUCUUGCUGAGCGUUGUGAGCCUGCGUCUCGUCCUGCGUCGCAUGUUUGUGCUGCUCGCACUAGUGGUCGUGCUCUGCGUCCGCGUCCUCCUGCGGUCCCAGGCACACACCAGAUGGCACUGCGUCCUUCCACUGCUCCUCUGCGUGUCCCAUUGCCGUCUCCUCCAGAGUCCUCUCUUCCUACUCUUGCUGACCCGGAGUCUGACUCUCUUCGUGCUGCCAGUCCUACUGUCAGGCGUCUCCUGGCCACUAUUGUCAAUGACCCUUCCUUUGAGUCCACUGCUGCGUCUGCCUUAGUUGCUGAGCUUGUUGACUUUGCUGCUCGUUGUCGUCUAGACUACGCUGCUAGUCUUGUUGCUGAGCAGGAGGAGUUCCAGUGUUUUGCUGCUGCUUUGCCUCAUCUCGUGUCCACGCUCAUUGCCCCUGAGGGAGACCCGGAUGCACCAGACAUCCCGACUCCUCGAUCGUACGCUAAGGCGAUCGAGGGUCUCUACUCCUCACAGUGGCAGUCAACCAUGGACGCAUAG